AUGUUUUCAUCGUUUUUCGGAAAAAGGAGAUCAUCACCAGUUGAAGACGAGACACCGCCGAUACCUGGCCCGAAGUCCGACGAUGGAUUUGUCGUCGUUGAUCCUACGUCUCCAAGAGGUAGUAUUUACCCCAGUGUUGGGCCUGGAUCAAGUCCGUAUCCUCAAAGACCUGCCCCAGCCGCACCUCUGCCUAGGCCCAGAGCCGAGCAACCGUUUCACUAUCUUCAAGGAGUCCCAUUUUCGAUGUCAAAGGAACUACAAAUGUCUGCUAACAAGGAUUCUUACGCGCGAGAAAUUAGUGAUCUCCUAGCUUUCCUAACUAACAAAAUCACAAUGAACAAUUAUGAAUAUGAUUUCUCUGUUGAAAGAAGUGUUAUAAAAGAGUGCUAACGAACAGUGGAAAUAAUAACAUUUUGUGAUAAUUAAUACAAUUUAUCCUCAAACAUGUACUUUAUUGGUGUGGUCGAUUCAAUCUACAGAUAAACAAUGUAUCCAUCCACAAAGAAAACCAUUACAAUCAUUGGCAACAUAUGGCACACCUGAUGGUAAAUGGCUAUUGCCUAUCAUUUCUGUUUCAACAUCUUGAAGGAGAUAUUGUUCAGUAGGCACCAUGAAGAUAAUUUAAUUGUAAAGCCUGAUGGACAAAAUGAUCUCAAAAGUGCUUUGAAUGUUUGCAGUGGUUGUGAUGAAAUUUGUUUGCUACCAAGUGUUAUGAUAACAAUAUUUUGUAUCAUAACACUUGUUUCCAACAAGAUUUUCCCUCAUUUUGUUCAAGAUGUUCAAGAUUUUCCCUCAUGUAAGUUUUACUUUGACUUUGUGAAUUGAUGAAAUCAAGCAUUACAAGAGAUAUUUUUUAAUUUACCAACAUUCUGCAAACAUUGUCAUAUAAUAUAAUUAAUUAUUUAAAAACAAGGAUUUAUCCUUAUGUUAUCUUUAGACUUUGUAUUCAAACUUUAUAAUUAUCUGAACUAUCUUCGUACUAGUUCUGAAAUAAAAUAAGAAUAUGAUAAUUA